AGGUGGCCCGCAGCGGAAGCGGACCGAAGCGGUUCUCGCCCUCACCUAGGGGCGGGUCGGCCUCGGUGGGGCCCGGCGCAGGCGCUCCAUACAGUAGUGAUUUCAGCUCUUUUAGUAUUUGUCCAGCAGGUUUCCCGCCGCGCGGGAAGCCUCACCCACCGGUGAAAUGGCAGGAGAGGGCGGGGCUGUGCAUGCGUGAAGUGGCGGGUGGCGCUACAGGGCGUGAGCGGCCGGAGCUGCGGCUGGCCCGCCGGGCCCCAUGGCGGCGGCCGCGCAGACCGCGCCGGCGGUGGUGGUCUUGAGCGCGGAGCAGGCUAAGGCGGUGCUGGCGGAGGUGAUCAAGGCCUUCGGUGCGCCUGAGAAUGCGCAGCGUAUGGAGGAGGCUCGGGACAACGCCUGCAACGACAUGGGCAAGAUGUUGCAGUUCCUCCUGCCCGUGGCCACCCAGAUCCAGCAGGACGUGAUCAAAGCUUACGGCUUCAGUAACGACGGCGAAGGGGUCCUGAAGUUUGCUCGGCUGAUUAAGUCCUACGAGUCGCAGGACCCGGAGAUCGCCAGCAUGUCGGGCAAGCUCAAGGCCAUGUUCCUGCCACCCAUGACGCUGCCACCGCACGGGGCUGGGACCGGCGGAGUGGCAACCUCUUGAGACCGUGCACCCCUCCUGCUCCACCGGGUCGCAGUGCUCUGGCCGGGGCUGCCCUCCCGAGGCGUGGGUCCCGUCAGUCUCGGGAACGGAGCAGUUGAACGAGGGAGAUGCUGACCUGAAAGGAACGGGAUGCUCUGUGUGCGCUUGUGUGUCUGCUCGUGAAUAAAAAGUGUCUUGAAAAUG